UGGGAUUUCUCACAGCAAGCGCUACACCCUUCAAAUGCACCUUCUUAUUUCCUAUUUAAAAGUCCAGCGCAGAGCAGUUUGCUAGACUCCGCCUGAUGAACGUGCAGACAACUAGGCCUGCACUAGGUUUCCAUUCAGAAACUCGCGUAUGACUUACUGAUGCAUCAAUUCCUUUGAUACUGAUUGAGGCGAGGGAAGGGCAAUUGAUCAUAUACCCUGAGUGCAUUGAUCUGGUCGACAGACGGUCUCGUGCUUUCAGACCGGAGUAAAUCAUCUCGUGUGAUCUGGUGACUCCGAUCAGCCACGCGUGCAGCUUCCUUAUUGUAUUGUUCAUACGAACUUCGCUUUGAAUCAUUUUACGUCGGUUUUAAUGGAAAAAUUUGCCCGUGAAAAUAUGUAAUAUGGCGCCCGCCACUUCGCCUGCUACCGACAGGACGACCGGAUAUGACCCAAAGGAAGAGUUUGCAUUAGACGUUUACCAUGGAAGUCUGUCUGUCAUAGAAACGUGUCAAAUAUGUUAUGGAACGUACCAAUGUACCGUACAGAUCUAUAAAGCAGACUUGUUGUUUACCGCCAUCGAGACAGUGACGUGUCGAAGUUUCUUCUUGACCAAUAGCAUUCCGCGAAGUUACUAUUUAUAGCUCACAAGGUCAUUUGCAUAAGAUAUUGAUGACGUUUUAGUCACGUGACAGUCGGACAUCGACACUUAUUUCUACGCAUUUGAGCUUAUUUCAAAGUCAAUUAUCUUUGACCCUGCAUUGUUUUUAGCAUGAAUGAUACCAUAGAGUCAGAGAGAGAAAUAUUCAGAACAAUUAUGUAGUAUUUCCAACACUCGAACAUGUGCCAGAUUGAAUCUAACUGCCCUAGAUAGAAAGCCUGAAUCCAUUACGAAACCGCAUGUUUGUCCGACAUUGCCUGUAAUUCAGCGAUGGGGAAAUAGAGGGCAGCAGCUGCAGUGACGUCAUCUUCGCGGAAUGCUAUUGUUAGCAAUCUCCCAAUGAGAUGGCUAAUAAAGUCAUUUUCGUUUUUGAAACCGUCAGCGCCCGGUUACAAGGAAACGGUUACAAACGCCGUCAACAAAUGAUGAUGACGGAUGAUGAUAAUGUAAAGGCAUAGAACAAAUUCUAAUAUGUAAAGUCUGAUCACGCACCAAGUGCCCGUAUGUUGAGGUCAACGUGAUGAUGUGCUAGAUGUCAUCCGGGCAUUCAGGAUGAAAAUGGCGAUGGAAAAGCCCCGGAUUGUAUACUUUGAAAGGAUUGGAUAUGACGUGGAAGUUCUCCAGCCGACCAUCGAGAGUAACUCGAUCCGGUCUGUAAGUGAGUGCCUUGUGGUCUGUUUUUGGCUCAUGGAUUGCGCCUCGAUUACAUUUUACACUGAUGUUGGCGCUUCUCGGUGCCAGAUGAGCAGUACAAAAGGAACAUGUUUGGAGAAGGAGCAGGUCGGAGCCAGGCAAGGCGUCUCGAUGUAUCAGAAAAAGGAGAAGUCUCAACUGAACUACGAACGCCCGCGGAGAUUCUCCUUUAGACCGCCUGUGCGUGUGACGAUUAUGAAGAACGAGAUAUUCCAGUUUAUGCUGGACUCGGGAACUAACUUCCUCGGAUUCAUCCACUCUACAAAACCCACCAGGGGCACACUGACCGGUCCCUCGUCAGGAGCUAUAAAGUCUCUCCUAAUCUAUCAGCUUGAAACAGACGGAAAUUAUCGUUUAGUAAAGGUGUUGGCGUGUGGAAUUGAAUUCCAAAAUAUUUGGUCCAAACUCCAUGACAUGGAAGUUACACUACUUGUUCAAACAGGGAGCAGGGAAUCCAGGAAGUUGGUUUAUGACUUAGUUCAUGUUUUGACAUGUAACGUGCGACGAAUAAUCAUACCACAUUGGCAUAUGUGUUCCGAUAUAUAUACUGAACAUUUCCGUCCGCUAUUUCUAAGGAAUAAGGUCAUAGUCGUGUGCGAGGCCAGAAGAACGCGUGGAGGUAAUUUCAUGACAACGUUAUUCAAUAUCACAUGGAUAACCCAGGCGACGGGGAUACUUUCUAAGGAACAGGUUUGGACCAGUCUAUAUCCAUUUUAUAUUUAUAUCACGCCAGAUGGUCGCAUCACGUACGUUGAUUCUCGGUCACAAACUCCAGGCAGCGAUGACGACGGGGAAAACUUCAGACUAGUUCAGAUACUUCCUGUUCCAUUCAUAAGUCAAUUUCUGUUCCGGAAAACCGGGCGAAAGGAAAACGUCCCUGAGUUUGGGUAUAACCGAGAGCGAGGCAUCAUACAUGUUUAUAUCUUUGAUGAUUCCGAGCGACUGACAGCUAUAAAGAUGUUUAGGAUGAAGUGCUGGGUGUCACAUUCUUGGAGUAAUCGUACAAAAUAUGACAAGAGUCUUUGCAAAGAGUUGGAACCUCUGCUCGAUUUGUCGGGUGUCAAUCGCGUAAAUAUGGUUGAAGACACAAUGUUGUUGCUGAGUAGUGGCGACUUCUUGUCUCUGAUUUGUUGGGCGUAUAGGCAAAACUGGGACGGGGACAAUAAGACUGUGGUUUAUAAACUCUUCACGCGCUUCAAACUGGCUGAUUCAGAAUAUGUGUAAUGCCCGUGCGUAAAGCUGCUUUAAGGAUACCUGUUUGGAGGAUGGCUCGACAAUCCAAGCGCUACAUUAGCGAUGACGCCCUGGCGAUUACC